CGCCGUCAGAGCCCGCCGCCUAUUGGUUCGAGAUGCUGUCGCUCAGGUUCAUUCCGGCUUCCGCUCCAGUCGCCCUUUUCCUGUGAGGCGCGAGCGGCGUGUAUCGACGAGCUUGGAUUCCAGGUCUCCUGUUUUCGUUGUGUGGGUGCCUCUAUACCACAAAGAUGGUCAACGUACCUAAAACUCGUCGGACUUUCUGUAAGAAGUGUGGCAAGCAUCAGCCCCACAAAGUGACCCAGUACAAGAAGGGCAAGGAUUCCCUAUAUGCUCAAGGAAAGCGGCGCUAUGAUCGGAAGCAGAGUGGCUAUGGUGGGCAGACAAAACCAAUUUUCCGAAAGAAGGCCAAAACCACCAAGAAGAUUGUGCUAAGGCUUGAGUGUGUUGAGCCCAACUGCAGAUCCAAGAGGAUGCUGGCCAUUAAGAGAUGCAAGCAUUUUGAACUGGGAGGAGACAAGAAGAGAAAGGGCCAAGUGAUCCAGUUCUAAAAUGUUAUAUUUGUUUGAGCAGAAAUAUUGAAGCAUUAGAAAAAUUGCCCAUUGGAAAAUAAAUUUUUAGUUAUACCUGAA